AUGGCUGUUCUCCCGGAGUUUCUUGCGGAGUUUCUCGACAGUCCUUAUGUGGUACAAGGUGUUUGUGCCACGUUAUUGAUGGUCGUUAUUGCGAGUGUUUGGGGUGAUAUACUGGAUGGAAUUCCCCAUCGUCGAAUCCCUUUAGUUGGAAGGACUUGGUGGGAGAUCACCAACAAAAAGGCAAGGUUGCGAUUCACUCAGUCAUGCCGGGAUCUGAUCAUCGAGGGGUUUGCAAAGGGAAACCAUGUAUUCCAAAUCAUUGGAGCUACACAACCGAUGAUUGUGCUGCACCCGAAGUACAUCAACGAAAUUAAGAACCACCCAGACUUGAGUUUCGACGACGCCAUUAAGAAGCUGUUUUUUGAUAACCGCAUCCCCGGAUUCGAGCCGCUUCACAAUGGUCCCUUUGUGAAGGUCACCGUCGAGGUUCUGCGAACCAAACUCACCCGAUCGCUUGGAUCAUUGUCUACCCUGCUUUCUAAACAGACAUCUUUGACCUUGAAGGAUGCUUUACCUCCCACUGAUGAAUGGACUCCGUAUAAAUUUGGCCAGAAAAUUCCAUUCAUGAUCGCUCGGGUUUCAUCCCUAGUUUUUGUCGGUGAAACUAUUUGCCACGAUCCCGGAUGGAUCGAUGUAUCGGUCAACUAUGCUGUUGAUGCAUUUCAGGCUAUGCGCGACCUACAAACAUGGCCAUCCGUUCUCCGACCCAUCGUCCAUUGGUUUUUGCCUUCCGCUCAAAACCUGCGCAGUCAUAUGAAAAAUGCCAACAUUAUCAUCAAUCGUGAGAUCAACAGAAGGACGUUGAUUCGGAAUGGCAAAAUUGUAGCAGAUAAUCUUCCACACAAACCCGAUGCUUUGGAUUGGUAUCGUGAGAUUGCCGAAUCCCAGAACAACUCCAACUUUGAUCAAGCCCGCGUUCAAGUUACUCUGGCAUUGGCGGCUAUUCAUACAACAUCCAAUCUAAUAACCAAUAUUGUGUACGACCUCGCCGCAUAUCCGCAAUAUAUUCAGCCUUUGCGUGAUGAGAUCUGUGCUGUUGCUGCCGAAGAUGGAGAAUUGAAGAAAACCAGCUUACUCAAGCUCAAAUUGAUGGACAGUAUUAUGAGAGAAUCGCAACGAACUAACCCAAUGUCAUUAAUCGCUAUGAAUCGUUUUGUGCACCAAAAGGUUGUUCUUUCCGAUGGUACUGUGCUUCCCAAAGGCGCAAUCAUCUUUAUACCAACGACCCUGUUACAAGAUGACAACAUUUACCCCAACGCUGCCACUUACGACGGUUAUCGGUUCUUGAAGAAACGCCAGGAGCCAGGAAACGAACAAAAGCAUCAAUUUGUCAUGACAUCCGCUGAUUACUUUGCCUUCGGUCACGGUAUUCACUCUUGUCCGGGUCGUUUUUUCGCCUCCAGCGAAACUAAGAUCAUACUCCUUCAUCUGCUGUUAAAGUACAAUUGGAAAUUGCAGAGUGGUGGACGACCGAAGAAUUUUGAAAACGGUGUCGAGCUCAUCGCCGACCCAAAUGUUGAGCUUUUAUUCCAAUCUCGUCAGCCAGAGAUUAAUUUGAGUUUCUUGGGGGAAUAG